AUGUGGCCUUUUAAGGUUUAUUUUUUAUGCCUAUUAUUUUUUUUUGCUCUGAUGAUCAGGGAAACCUUAUGCUGGAACUGUAGGGGACAUAUGCUAGUUGCAGAGAUUGCGCGCCGACAUCUCACCGAGGAGAAUCGACGCAAGGUGGAAGAAAAUGCCCAAAGCUUUUCCAAAAGCGGCCCUUUUCCCAAAUCUAUAGACUUUGUGCAGGCUUCCUGCUGGCCUGAUGACCUUAAAUCGUGGCAUAUGUUCGCCAUGAAAAGCUGGCAUUAUAUCGAUCUGCCUUUUUCUCCAGAUAAUGUACCAGUCAACAAAUGUGAGGUGAUGGGGAUGAACGUGAUCACUGCUUCUGAGUCGAUGAUGGAUGCUCUACGUCUGGAGAAGAGCCCUGCAUACGUUCAUCAAUUUGCCUUGGUUAGCCUCGUUCACUUUAUUGGGGAUAUCCACCAACCUUUGCAUGCCACAACGCGGUAUACCAAGAAUCACCCGGACGGUGACGCGGGUGGGAACACAUUUUUCGUAUACGAAAACGGUAAACGGUUGAAUCUUCACUCUUUGUGGGAUGAUGUUUGCGUUCCGAACGACAAAAUAAUUCAUCGGCCGCUGUCGGACACGGACUACACCACGCUAAAAGCCUUUGCUGAUUACCUAGAAGACACCUAUAAAUUCGAUUCUGCGCUCCUGAAAGAAACUAGCAUCAAAGCUUUUGCACAAGAGAGCCACAUGUUUGGGAUCAAUACAACCUACGAAGGAAUUGAGGAAGGUGCAGAGAUAUCAGACGUGUAUUUGGGGCGCUGUCGGCAGGUGGCAGAGGCGCGCCUAACGCUGGCUGGACGUCGUCUUGCCAACCUAUUAAACAAGCUGCUUGAGGGUGUUGACGUCGGGAAGCCUGAUAAAGACAAAUUUUCAAAAUCCAUAAAGGGGUUAGAGGUGCGAGAAAGGAAUUUCAUAAAAUGA